AUGUCUUUCUCGCAAUUUGGAUAUCCUUACAAUGCAACUUCACAGUUUUUCGUGUCGGCAAACCCCAGUACGACUUGCUGCGAUUCGAUUUCCAGGUCGGUCUCUGACGGGACAGCCGGCUCCCAGACUGCCGCCACCGCCGCCUCCUUCUGCUGCCCGUCCUACGAGAACCGGAUCCUGGCGAGCAGCCGGACGGAGCUCAACGCGGCGCUGGGGAUGUACAGCUCUCCAUACGCCGCAGCGGCUGCCGCCACCCAGAACUACGCCAACUACUUCCCCUACAGCACCGACCCAUCCGCUAUCUACUCCACUCUGAAUCCACAGUAUGACAUUAAGGACAACUCAGGCACUUUACACUCUGGCAUCUCUCAAACUGCCGCUUACUAUCCUUACGACCACUCACUGGGACAGUAUCAAUACGACAGAUACGGGACAGUAGACUUUAAUGGCUCAGCCAGAAGAAAGAACGCAACUCGUGAAACUACCAGCACCCUAAAAACAUGGUUGUACGAGCACCGGAAGAACCCCUACCCCACUAAAGGAGAGAAGAUCAUGCUGGCCAUCAUCACCAAAAUGACCCUCACACAAGUGUCCACCUGGUUCGCCAACGCCAGGAGGAGGCUAAAGAAGGAGAACAAGAUGACCUGGUCACCAAAGAAUAAGGCCAACGAUGACAGGAAGGAUGACUUUAACAAGAGCGAAGACUGUCUCACCAAAGACUCCAGUGAUUGCAAGGAGGAGAAGGAUCUGCGUCUGAGUGACCUGGAGGACAUGGACGACGAUGACUGUGAAAAGCUGGACAGCGACUGUGAAAAGGGGGCUGCAGACGAGCAGGACCUCCAGAGGGUCAUGGCGCUAUCCGGACCCCCCCAAAAGAGAGACUGCAACUCCGAGCUCCACCUGAGUUUAACUAACAGCUUCCACGCGUUCCCCUGCGCCAUAAAAGGUGUUACCAGCCUCCCCCCUCUUCCGUCUGACUUCCUGGAUCCUGUCGGGUCCAAGGCACCUUCCUCAACGGGGGGAACGUUGUCCCUGUCUCACUUUGAAGCAUCAGAUAAGCCUCGGAUUUGGUCUCUGGCUCGUACGGCGGCUUCGGGGGUCAUUCUGAGCCCCCAGCAGCACGGCUCGGAGCUGAGGACAGGCAACACAACCGGGGACUGCCAGCUCCAGAGCCCCAGGCUUACCGGCACUCUAACUGGACAGUGUGGGGGUAUGAGAGGCCUCCAUGAAUCUGGCGGUGUCACCAAUACUGAGAGCCCCUUCGCUGAGGGCUUAUCCUUGCACUCUAAAGUCUAUGGCACUGGCAGCUACAGUCACAAGGACCUCCAACUGCACUGUUCAUCCUACUCUGCACUCCCAGACACAUGUCAGUACUCCACUAUUGAAGGGUUCUCUGGUGGCAAAGCAGAGACACAGUCGUCUGACCUCAGUGAAGCCUGCGGGACCGUGCAGGAUGACAAGGUCACUGCGUUCAGACCAGUGAUGAAGAGGUGAAGCAGAUUCCUGGAUACUGUACCACAAUAAAUAAUUGGACAUUAAUGAUAUAUGCACUAAAGGACACACUGGCCGAGUGGUGGCCUCAAUAAGACACAUGGGAGCUACCUGCUGCUGCUGCUGCAGUCAAACUGUGGACGUGGCUAUCAUUUUGCACAACUUUGUUUUUAUCGUGUAAAAGACUUUAUGCAAAAAAAAUCUAGAUGCAAAGGUGGGAAUGGCCGAAUAACAAAAACGGCCGAAUUUGUGUAUGGCAAUCUUGUAGUGUAGCAAACCUAUUUAUUUAUCUGUGUAUUUAUUAUUUUGUAAUGUUGUCUGUUUAUUAUAUGGCGUGUUUAUCGGUUGAAUUUGUACCCUCUUUGAGUAUUCGUUACAUGUUGCGUUUUAAUGUGGCUUCGUGUCAUUUUGCCUGUUGUAAAAGAGACGGAUUUUAGAGAUGACCAUAUAAGGACCGGAUCCCCUGUGUUGCGCGUGGAC